CUGCCACGAGUUGCCGUGUCCACGUUCCACUCUUCUCUUCUCCCGAUUUUACUCCCAACUUUUUUUUUCCUCUCUCUCUCUCUCUCGAUUUUCUCAUCUCCACUGCUCCACGCUUCCAGGGAAGAACGUAGAAAUGGCAGCUUGCUUGCCAUCCCUCUCACCGCCGCCGCAUCAGGCGCCGGUGCCGGCGGCGACGACCGCGCUGGCGGGGAACCUGACCUCGUCCCUCCUCUCCCUGCCCCCGCCGCUGCCCCGCCUCGCCGUCUCGCACCGCAGGGCGGUGGUCGCCGCGGCCUCGUCCCGGCCCCCGCCCCCGCCAUCGCGGGAGGGGGGUGAUGGUGGUGGUGAGGAGGAGGAGGAGGUGGAGAGGGCGAUGGGGAUGGACGGCGGCAUCCCUGGCACCUCCGGCGAGUUCCUGCGCCGCGUCUCCUCCCGCGCGUACGGCAUGCGGCGCCACCUCAUGGAAUCGCUCGACUCCCUCGCCUACGAUGUGUUGGAGACAAACCCAUGGAGAGAAGACUCCAAACCAGUCUAUGUACUGGCUAGAAGAGAUAACCAUCUAUGGACAAUGAAAACCCGUAGGAGUCGCAGUGAAGUUGAAAGGGAACUUGGAAUGCUCUUAAAGGGAGGGGGUUCAGGAGUUGGGACUAAAUCAAAAUACUCUGGUUCCAAGUUUAACAUGCUUGUUGAAGAUAUCAGAGAGGGAAUACUGGUAUUUGAAGACGAGGACGAUGCUGCAAAAUACUGUGACAUUCUACAGGGUGGCGGCCAAGGUUGUGAGGGGAUUGCAGAGAUAGAGGCAUCAUCGGUUUUCAACAUCUGCCAUAAAAUGAAAGCUCUUGCCGUCCUUUUCCGUCGUGGUAGGACCCCUCCAUUGCCUCAAAGCCUUGAGCGCGACUUAAGGGCAAGAAAGAGAUCAUUGGAAGACUAGAGUCUUUCUGAUACAUAGUAUAGAACUUCUAAUUGUAUAUUCGUCUAGCUGUUGAAGCAAAGGCCCUAGGCCCUGUAUACUACGUGGUAUGUAGAUCCACAAUAGCACGUGGUACAUACAUCCACAAUAGCCUAAGAGGAAAGGAAGUCAAAUCUGACAGAAAACAUGUCCAAUAGCUCGAGAUAUUAACAAUCUCAGUAAAUUGAUUAUUCUUGCCAUUAUGUACAUUCUAAAUGCUUCAGUUUACAAUGAAUAAAUGAGAUCUGUUAAGUUAUUCUCUC